ACCAGAGAGACUUGAUCAAAACAACAAGACAAGAUGAUUAGAGCCCUGAGCACGAGGAAGGUUCGAGGAAGCUACAAGAAGCUCGGUGACGAAGAAGAAGCAGGCACUGGGCUUUUAGAAGUGAAACCGGAGAGCGUUCCUACAAAUCUCCAUGGUCAAUCCCCGAAAGUGAAUAAACCGGUGGAGAAAACCGGGGGUUCGGUUCACCCUCUACUUAGUUUCUUCGAUAUGAGUCUAAAGAGGAAGAAGAAGACAACGAAGAAAAGCACGACGACUGCAAAACCGGAAUUUGCUAGGUACUUGGAGUAUGUCAAGGAAGGAGGCGUUUGGGAUAACACUUCAAAUGGACCUGCCAUAUAUUACAGAUAGAUCGGAGAAAGAGAUUUCCACAGUGGUUGUUUAUAUUUAUUUCGGUUUGUUAUAACUUCUAUUUGAAUAAGAAAGAUGAAUACAU